ACCACUGUUCAGCGGGCGGCGGCCCAAAGCUACGCACAAGCUUUCUGCUUCGGCGGCGCGACAGUCUCCUCCCACCUCUCGCGCCCCACCCCUAAACCCCUGGUUGAACCCUAGCCACCGUCUCCGGGAGAUGCACGCCAGGCUCCUCAGCGCCCCGUCCCGCGCCUCCGCCGCAGCCACUUCCUCCUCAUCCCUCCCCUCCGCCGGCGACCACCCGUGCCGCGCCUCGUGGAAACCGCGCCCCAGCCGGACCUCCACCUCGCCGCCGCGGCCUCUCUCGCUACGCGCCCGCGCCUCGAUGGAGCCCGCUCCGCCCGAGGGGCAGAGCGACCCACCGGUGCACGGCGUGUCUAACAGGGUAGUCGGCGUGCUGGGGGGCGGCCAGUUGGGGAAGAUGCUGUGCCAGGCAGCCAGCCAGAUGGGGAUCAAAGUGGCCAUCCUGGACCCCCUUGAGAACUGCCCGGCAAGCUCAGUUUGUCACGAGCAUGUCAUCGGGAGCUUCGAUGAUGGUGACACGGUCCGUGAGUUCGCAAAGAGGUGUGGAGUUUUGACUGUGGAAAUUGAGCAUGUCGAUGCUGUAACACUCGAGAAGCUUGAAAAACAGGGUGUUGUUUGUGAACCGAAAGCCUCUACCAUCAUGAUUAUUCAGGACAAGUACAGGCAGAAAGAGCAUUUCUCAAAAUUUGGAAUUCCGUUACCCGACUUUGUUCAAGUAGAUAAUUUAAGUAGUAUAGAGAAAGCUGGGGAAAUGUUUGGCUAUCCUCUAAUGGUAAAAAGCAAAAGAUUGGCAUAUGAUGGUCGUGGGAAUGCUGUUGCUCACAAUAAAAGAGAGCUAUCUUCUGUUGUUUCUUCUCUGGGUGGGUUUGAGCAUGGCUUGUAUGUGGAGAGGUGGACACCUUUUGCAAAGGAGCUUUCGGUAAUUGUGGCAAGGAGUAGAGAUGGUUCUACUGUCUGCUAUCCUGUUGUUCAAACCAUUCAUAAGGAUAACAUCUGUCAUGUUGUUGAAGCUCCUGCUGAGAUACCUGAGAAAAUGAAGACGUUAGCUACUGGUGUAGCUGAAAAAGCUGUCAAAUCUUUAGAAGGCGCUGGUGUUUUUGCUGUAGAACUAUUUUUAACAAAUGAUAAUCAGGUUUUAUUAAAUGAAGUAGCCCCUAGGCCUCACAAUAGUGGACAUCAGACAAUUGAGGCAUGUUACACUUCCCAAUACGAGCAGCAUUUACGUGCUAUUCUUGGCUUUCCUCUUGGCGAUCCUUCAAUGAAAGCACCUGCCGCAGUAAUGUACAAUAUCCUGGGCGAGGAUGAGGGUGAGUCGGGAUUUGUUUUAGCUCAUCAGAUGAUUGGGAGGGCAUUAAAUAUCCCAGGUGCAUCGGUCCAUUGGUAUGCAAAGCCAGAGAUGCGAAAGCAAAGAAAGAUGGGUCAUAUUACAAUUGUGGGGCCAUCUAUGUUCAGUGUAAAAGCACGAUUGGACAAGUUGCUGCAAAGAGACAAUGAUGGCCUGACGAAAGUGAGACCUCGUGCUGCAAUAAUAAUGGGUUCUGAUUCUGAUCUUCCUGUAAUGAAAGAUGCUAAAGAAGUAUUAGAGAAAUUCAAUAUACCUUUUGAGCUUACAAUUGUAUCGGCACAUCGUACACCACAGAGGAUGUAUGAGUAUGCAUUGUCUGCUAAGGAAAGAGGCUUAGAGGUCAUAAUUGCGGGCGCAGGCGGAGCAGCUCAUUUACCAGGGAUGGUGGCUUCAUUGACUACUGUUCCAGUAAUUGGAGUCCCCAUCUGGACUAAGUCAUUACAGGGAAUGGAUUCCCUCCUAUCUAUUGUGCAGAUGCCAAAAGGUAUUCCUGUUGCUACUGUUGCAAUUGGAAAUGCGGAAAAUGCAGGUUUGUUGGCAGUUCGAAUGCUUGCCUCAAGAGACCCUGAUUUGUCGGACAGGAUGAAUAAAUAUCAACAAAAUCUGGAAGAUAGUGUGUUGGAGAAAGCAAGAUUGCUUGAGGAAUUGGGUCCUGAUGAUUAUCUGAAGCAAUAUAUGAAGCCUUGAGCACGGGCUGUCCAUUCUAUUGACAUUUUUUUGACACCCAGUGUUGGCAAAAGCAGAUAAAUAAAACCUCUGUCGUCUGUGGAUGAGAUUCUCAAAAAUCCUUCAGCCUAACUUGGCUGUUUAUCCGGCUUGAUUCUAAGCAUACUAACUGUAAUUGUCUGCUAAACUUCUCGACUAUCAAAAUGUGUCUUACCUACUGGUUCUAGCCAGUGGAAGGGUGACUCGAGUUCAGAGUAGAAAAAAGGCUGGGAAAAUUUUGGCAGAAUUUUAUGUAAAUCACACGAUGGGAGAGGGUAUCAAUAACAGAAAAUUUUGCUGUCAUUUUACUUUAUGGCAAAUAAUUUCUGAUGA